AUGUCGAUCGUCUCGCUUUUAGGCAUCGAAGUGCUCAACAACCCGGCCAAGUUCACCGACCCUUACGAGUUUGAGAUCACGUUUGAGUGUCUCGAACCCCUCAAAGAGGAUUUGGAGUGGAAACUCACCUACGUGGGUUCGUCGUCAUCGCUCGACCACGACCAGGAGCUCGAUAGCAUCUUGGUGGGUCCUGUCCCCGUGGGGAUCAAUAAGUUCUUAUUUAAGGCUGAUCCGCCGCUGCCCGAGUUGAUUCCGGCGUCGGAAUUGGUGUCGGUGACGGUGAUCUUGCUCAGCUGUGCCUACGCCGAACGGGAGUUUGUGAGAGUGGGCUACUACGUCAAUAACGAGUACGACCUGGAGGAAUUGAGAGAAAACCCGCCGGCGAAGGUCCAGGUCGAACACGUGAUGAGAAACAUCCUCGCCGAGAAACCCCGGGUGACUCGGUUCAACAUCGUUUGGGAUAACGAAGCCGCGGAAGACCAGCCCGAAAUCGUUGAAGAAGAAGAAGAAGAGGAGGAGGAGGAAGAAGACGAAGAAGACGAAGGAGAAGAAGAUGAUGAUGAAGAAGACGACGACGAAGACGACGAAAUGGCCGAAGAAGAGGAUGACGAAGAAGGCGAAGAAGUCGACGUCGACGAGGAAAUCGACUUGGAAAAGGAAGCCACCCCUAAGGAUUAG